CUGUCUUGUCUCACAGACGCAAUGGCCAGCCGCCUUUUGGGCAGAUAUGCCCGUCUGCUCUGCAGGGCCUCCUCUCAGGCCACAGCUGCUGCUGCUGCUGCCCGCUUGCCUCCGCCUGUGACUUCACCCGCAGAGAUGCUGAGGGCUCAGGGCUGGCCACAGGUCACGGAGAGGUUAAUGUGUGAGGGAAAGACAGUUACCAAGGACGACACCUUUCCAACACUCACCGAGCUGGACAAGUUGUUGGAAAAGGCAGCAGUUCCAGAGGACACCCUGCUGGCCUGGAAAGAGCACGGAGGAAAUGCUGAUCAAGCUGCUAGAGCCCUGAUAAAGUGGACUCUGUUGGUGCUAAAGAUGAAGGGCAACUUUGAUGAACUGAUGGUGGAUCCAAGACUAGUGGAUAUGAUGGAUACCUUGGCUAAGCAGGUGCCUAUGGUGUGGAACGGCAAUCUAGUGUCUGCCUUGCGAGCUCUCUGGCUGAUGGGUGUGCCUUCCACUGAUUCAUUGCUCAGUUCUGUCCAGACAGAGGUCCUAUGGCGAGUGCGCAGGCUAACAUACAAGCAGCUGUGCUACCUGAUGGACUGGGGCGCAUUUAGGACGGAACAGCAGGAUGUGGCAAUAGUGAACGCUGCAUUAAAACACCUGGAACUGCGCUGGACUGAAAUUGCUGACACUAAGUCUGUCACUACACUGAUUAGCAAAGGAAAACGCAUGUCACCCACCUUAAUGGACAGAUUAGAGGAUAAGGCUUUGGAGCUCGCUGAGUGUUUUUCCACAGAAGAGAUCCGCAAAGUCUUUGUGUCUUUGGCAACUCAGAGCCGUAGAAGUGUCUCACUGCUCAGAGCUCUGUCCUACCAUCUUCUACAGAAGCCGUCAUCAGAGUUCACCACUCCACUUAUAAUGGACUUGGCUUUUGCUUAUGGGAAGCUGAGUUUCCAUCAUUCUCAGGUAUUUCAGCGAAUGGCCUCCGAGUUGUUGCCCAGAGUCCCUGAGCUCAGGUCUGCUGAUGUCACACGCUGUGCUAAAUCACUGGGCUACCUGAAAUGGCUCCACUUCCCUCUCUUUGAAGCCUUUGCUGAGCACUGCACAGUAAACAAGUACAGUACACCUCAGCUUUGUAGUCUGCUCAUGACUUUUGCCAGACUGGGCUUCCAACCUAGCAAAGGAGAGGAGUUCUUUAGCAAGAUUCACUCUGUGAUGGAGACGUCUCUGUCUGACCUGGAGCCCUUCCUGGCAACAGAUGUGGUUUGGUCUCUGUGUGUGCUACAGCAGGCAAAGCCCGACUACCUCAUCCCCCUCACACAACAAAAUCAUAUUGAAAAACUGUCAGAGGGCAGUGCAGUUCAAGUGGAGAGUUAUCGACUGAAGCUCCUCCACAUUGCUGCUACUCUCCACUUGGAGCAUCAAGGUUCCUCAGAUUCUAAUGUUCCAUCCUCCCUGAUUACCCCAGUAGUCUCAGCCAACAUCUCCCCCAUACAGAGCAGCUUAAGAGAGAUGUUACAGAGUUUGGUGGGCGGGAGGACAGAGGCCCUUCGCACUGGGGUUGACACUGUGUAUGGAUGGACUAUUGAUGGUGAACUGGUCGUGGAUUGUGACAACAAAACAGUUGACCUGUCAGUGCUGAAAGCCCCUCAUUUACCCACUGGAGAGGGAAACCAGGCUUUACCUGCAGGGGCACGGCGAAUUGCUUUCAUUGCUUGGGAAUUUCCCAACUUUGGCUCAAAGAGUAGAGACCUUCUGGGGCGGUUUGUCAUGAUGAAACGGCAUCUUCAGUUGGCUGGCUUCAUCAUAGUGGAGGUGCCCUUUUAUGAAUGGCUGGAGUUGAAGACAGACUGGCAAAAACUGUCGUACCUGAAGGAUAAAAUGGGGAAAGCUGUGGCAGAGGACAUGGCCAAGUGAACUGGGCAAACUCUUGAUCAAAAUUUGCAAGCUCAGCUAAAUCAGAGCUUUCCCAACCAAAUGGGACCACAGGGAAUACACACAUACACCCACAUUCACACUUAGAAAGGAGCAGCACUGCAGAAAAGCUCUCUCAUACUUUGUCAGAGAAAACAAAUAAAUAAAAAGAAAAAACAUAUUUUUACUCUGGUCUCCUUGGCAACAUGUGGGGCUUUCCCUGUUUCCAUGGUGAUGACGAGCAAGAGUUUUGGAGCCAGAAAGAGACAGAAAUAAACACAGCAACGAAUUGUUCAGGAGAAAUGAUAUGAUUAAGGAAAAGUCUUGACAUGUCAGAGCAGAAGCACUUAGGCCAUUUGUAGAAUUUUGGUCAGAGUGUUGGGCUCAGUAUCAGCAUGUGAAUACAUUGGAAUAACUUAAAUAUAUCUGUGAAUGUGUGUGGAAUCAUCUUGUCAUGGAAUAAAUUGUUUUAUUGCUG